AUGGCUUCUUCUUCGUCUCCUCGCUCGGCUUUGGGAUCGACGAGAAUGGAGAGCACAGUGACGGCGUUGUGCGCCGACUACCAGUCUCUCAUCGCUGUACGAGGAAGCUCUCCUUGUUGGAACUGUCUGAUUCUCGGUCCAUUCUGGACCAUAGGCCCUAACCUGGCUCCGGUGGCAGGAAAUCAGAAAAACACUCGGAGCUAUGAAGAACAUCGCAGUGGACCUGGAGAAGGAUAAGAAGUUGGUUGAGGUUGGCCGACCAGCUUCUCCGAUUUCUUUACUGCACCCGGCAAUCUUUAACUUUCAUCUGUUUGGCGCUGCGCAGGUGAAGGAACUGGAGGAAGGGGUUUUGGCACUUCUGAACGCUUCGGAUGACUGUGCUCAUUUCUCUUCUGCGGUCAAAUCUAUUGGAGAUGCGUACGUGCCUGGAACGCAGGUGAUUGCACCUCCUUGCGUUGUACUCUGUUUAGUCGUUGCUCAUAACAAGUGCUGAUUUUUUUAAUUCUUUAAUUAUUUUGGCAUCGAUUUUUCUGUAUUGUAGUCCAUCGACUUUGGGAACUUGUUGAAGAAUGAAUGCAACAGGCUAAAAAUGGAUUCACCUCCCAAUCCUCAGAAAAAUUCACUAUAUCGGCAGUUCAAGGAAGCAGUCUGGGUAUACAUCCAAUAUACCAUGAACCCUUUGUUAUAAAUUCGUUUGCCUAUUCUGUAAUUGUUAUAAUGGUGGAUUUAAAUAUCGAAGAUCUCUAUUCAGAGUUUCCGCACUUUAAUAUAUUUUCGGUAGUUACGUGGACUUAUUUGAGAUGCGCAGAACCUUAAAUAAAUAAAUAAAUAAAUUCCAUAUAAAUGAUAUUGGGACAAUGAUACUCGACUACAUGGUCCCUAUCCUAUUACUAGUACUAGGAUCUUCUUUUCAAUUCAUUUGAAUGAAUUUUUUUCGCCUCCUUGGAGGAAGUUACUGGGCACCUAUUUAUUGUUUUCUAGUGUUACAGAGGAGGAGAAGGUAAGCAUACGACAUGGGUGCGAAGGGAAUCGUGUCUCAGUAUUCUGCAAGACAAUGAUUUGUUUUGAGGUUAUUGAAAAAGUGGGGUAGACAUAUCCAAAAGAGAAAUUAGGAUCUUAGAAAGCAAAAAAUACUUGUUUAAGUUGUCAUGGCAAGAAUUUUCUGGGGAACAGUUUAACAGUAGUCAGGAAGGAUGUUUUGAUUAAACUCGAGCCAAUGCAUUGUAAUGGGUCGGAAAUGACUUUAAUAAAUGGUGUGAUUUUUAGGCGGGUACAAGUUCUGCAUUGAAAUUGGGGAAUUCUGAGACAUCUACUUGAAGAAGAGACAAAAGAGGAAGAAAUUUCUAUAUACGUGGGAAGCGACUUAGAUGUAAUGGGGCUAUCAUAAGGAGAUUGUUUGGACAAAGGAUAUGUUUUGUGCUUGGAUCUCUUUCCUUCAUAGGAACCUUGUUUGUAAGACAGAGGAUUUUGAUGUCAGCAACCCCGUGGUUUCCUGUCCUUUUGUGCACUUCUAAUGGUGGGACUAGUAUCAAAUAAUGUUACAUGAAAGCUGAAGAGACAAAGCGUCAGAACCUAUGAAAGUACGAUUUCUUAAACAACUAUAUGCUACUUCUAAAAGGAUUGAAGUGGUAAAUGAAAGUUUAGGCAAUGCUUUCAUUUUUAUCCCCAAGAAAUAAAUUGCUGAACUGCAUUAUAGCACUUACUAUCAUUCUCAUACUGUGAAAAGGGUAUUCAUUCUCUCUGUUCUAGGCUGAUUGUUUAUUCUUGACAUUUUUCCUGAUUGUUGUAUGACUUCAAUAUUGGGUUAAUCUCAGAUUUCUUCCUUCCCUGGAUGCAUUCUUCUCUUGUUGAGUGACCUUUCGUCCAAAUUCGACAACUAAGGGUUGAUUAUCCUUUUUUCCACUCACCUUCAUCGCUUAGCAGCUCAAUUUUGAGCGAAUCUGACCAUCCACUCCCUGCUUUCAUAUGCUUAUAUUUUAUUUCGGUUUGGGGGCUGCUGCCAAGGUUUCCUCUUGUAAAUUUUAUUUCGAUUAUUGAUAUACUGUCCUCCAAAAAUAAAUGAAUACUUCUUUUAUAUCAAAUCUCUAUCCAUCCUUAGGCGUUCAAAUAAAUACGUUAUAGCCUUUUCAUUUUUAUUUUCUCUCUUUUGUUCUCAAACCAUUGAUGAUUUACUAUAAGGUGAUUUUAACCUAGUUAUUUAUGAUGUUGUGAUGGAGUAUUUCUUCCGAGUUAUAGUCAAGUGGAAAGGACUCCAAAGUGGACCCUAUUAAAACCUUGGUUUAGUGAGGAUAAAAAUUGGGUUGGGUCAUGCCAGGCAUUUAUAAAUUAUUCACUUGAUUUUGAGGAUCGAAAAUGUUGGAAUGGGCUUGUGAGUUACUGUGCUUAUUGAUACCCUUGGUGCAGGAAGAACAAAAUAUGAGUUAAUAUUUCGAUCUGCAGAAUGUUCAUCAUGCAGGUCAACCCAUGCCUGGUGAAGAGAUGGAAGAGAUAGUGAUGACAGGCACUCAAAGCAGCCUCUUGAAUAUCACCUGCCCAUUGACCGGAAAACCCAUUAUUGAACUAGAAGAUCCAGUUCGCAGGUAAAACUUUCGUUCCCAUAUUUCACUAGAACAAAGUGCUUGCAAUUGGAAAUGUGCAUAUGCUAGGGUUUAAAACAUCGGACAUCUUCAUUGAAGAAACUAUUGUGCAUCUUGUCUUCAAAGAUAUUAUCACCGAUAGAUUGGGACACCUUGUCAGGAGGUGUCUGUGUUGUUCAUGCAACACUGAUAUCCUUGAGUGUCUGUACAUUUGCAUUGGCCUGAUAGUGGGAGGACAAUAAUUAUCUUAAGAUUUCGUUAGACACCAAGCUUCUGAAGAAGGAUGAUUACUAGAUUACCUCUACGUCAGUUGGAGCAAGCCUGAGAACUUUUCUGGCUUACUCUCCCAAUCCGAUUCCACAAUCCCAAGUCCAACCUUGAUUGAGCCACAUGCCUUAAAUCUAACCACAAGACUCAAUACAUGGAUAGUUUGGUGUCAACAAGACCAGGUCGUGAGACUGAUCUUGGGGAUCUUCUUCAAGGCCCAGACCUAGCCUUUGUAGAGAUUACAAGCCUAGAAAGUUUUGGCUCCAAACCAGACCCUAAUGAAGGUGUACCCAACCCAACUCUGUUGAUGCCCACCUGUGCUGAUCCUGAGGCAGCCGUAUGACAAAGAAAGAUAAAAUGCUCUAGGCCUCCUUAAGUUACCCCAUUGAGAAGAAAAAAGUAUUCCAUGAUUUAUUGAAGAGAAAAAAAGUGUACUUUAUUUUUUUUUCCCUUUUUGGGCAGAAAAGAUCUACUAAUUCUUUUAUUCCAAUGAGUAAGAGGGAUCUUGAGUGAAGAAAUAGACUGAGAAAGAUGGUCAAACAAUUCCCAGUCGGGUCCUUGUAGAUCGAAUCCAUUUUGGGCUCUACACUGUCCUAUGCUGCUUUUCCUGCAUUUAUUGCCAUCUUAUAUGAAAAUUUUUAAUAAAUCUAUGGGAGCACUGGCUUCAUGAAUCCGUGUUAAUCAAGGUUUAAAUUUAUCUAUAGCAUGGACUGUAAGCACAUCUACGAGAAGGCCCCAAUUCUUCAGUAUAUCAAAAUGAAAGCACCCAAUUCUCAUUGCCCCAUGGCAGGUAACCUCUGCUAUACAUGAAAGCACCCAAUUCUUCAGUAUAUCUAUUGUUUCAUGCUGCUAACAGCCUGUCUUCGUUGACCUGCAGGCUGCCCUCGGGUCUUGCAAGUGGACCGAGUGGCUUGUGACCCCCUGCUGCUCAUAGAGAUUGAUGAGAUGCGUUCUCGGCAGGACAAAUUGGGACGCCCUUCAGUAGCAGAGGACUUCACUGAGCUUGACGAUGACUAA